AUGUUAUUCAAUAUUGUUUCUAAUGAUUGUGAAAAAUUAUAUGAAAAAGAUAACCCGACCUAUGAUGAGGUAAUAAGAUUUAUUAGAGAUUAAAUGAAUAUUGUUAAUCCAUUAUUAACAUAUAUAGAUGAUGAUGGAAAAUCAUAUUAUGUGAAUUGUACAAAUGACAUCAAUGAGAUAAAAAAGAAAUUGUCUAUAAUAAAGAAAGUUAAUUUAUAUAUAACAUUGUAAUCUUGGACCUGUGCAUUUUGUACAUAUGAAGAAAAUACUGAAGAUAAAUGCGAAGUUUGUGGUCAAAUGAAAAAAUGAAUAA